AUGGCAACCAUCCGACUUGUGGACGCUGCGCUGGCUAUGGAUAUGCCUGUCGCUGGAAUGAGGCUCUCUAUAGAGACUGACGGCCGAAAAGUAAGAGAUGCAAUUGCCAUAUACGAAAGCUUGAUUGCGUACCUGCGCAAAAACCUGUCUCGGGAUGAGUGCAAGGUGGUCGACUUGCGACUUGCAUCAAUUCAGCUUCCCGACUACUUGGCAAAGCAGACUGGAAACGAUGCCACAAGUGUCCCACCGUCGCCAGAGCAGGAUGUGGCUGGUGAUUGCCACCCCACGGCCUUCCGACGGUACUUGGGUGAGGCCAGUGACAUUCGCUUUUUCCAUGCUAUGGAAUCGGCCCUUUGCCAGCAAACCGAAUUUGUCCAGCAAGAAGAUAAUUCCGAGGUGCGAGUCGAGAGCUAUGAACAAGAAGGCCCUCGCCAGCAGCCUUUGGAGCAGAACCAGGGCUCCUUGCCGCCUCGGGCCAUUGCGGACAGUUUCGUCGACAUAUACUUCUCUACUAUCCAUAUUGCUUAUCCCUUCAUCUCGCAACCAGACUUCAGGCGAACGUACGAAUCUUUCUGGCAAUCAGACUCACUGGAGGGGUUCCGGGGCCCCUGGCUAUCUUUGCUGUUGACCAUCUUCGCCAUCGGUUCCUGUUACACGGGGAUCGCCGAAGCCGAAGGUGGAACUUCCAAUCCGCAGACGUCUUGUCAGCAUCAACGUCAUUUCGACCACGCGAUAGCUAUUGCGCAAAACUAUAGCUCGCACCACACGGUCGACCAUACCGACCGAUGUUGGACAACACUGGGUUCGGCUGUCCGAAUUGCCCAAAGCAUCGGUCUCCACGUUGAAGAUGCUCAUCGCACGGGUGGUGGAAAUGACCCGGCGCCACAAGAAAUGUGUCGUCGAGUUUGGUACUCCAUAUUUGUGCUGGAUCGUCUCCUGGCGUUGCAAUUGGGGCGUCCACCAGCUAUCAGCGAGGAAGGCUUCAAUGUUCAACUUCCAUCUCAACAGUCGGACGUCGACUUAGCCAGCCCAAGUAGUCAGCAUGGCAUGCACGGGACAGACUGGGUGGGAGACUACUUUAUUGAAAUGAUCAAGUUCUCGGAAAUAAUUGGAAGAGUAUUCGAGAGUCUGUACGGACCAAGAAGAGCCGAGGACCCGGCUUUGAUCCUAUCACACAUCGAUCGUUUAGAUGACGAAUUGUCUCAAUGGCGAUCCAACUUGCGGCGAAAUUUGAGAUUCGAUCUGUCUCAUACAUUUGAAAAGUCGAUCAUUUACAAAAGACAGCGAAAUAUGCUUGCUGUAAAAUUCUACAACCUUCAAGCGCUGAUUCACCGGCCCCUAUUAUCGCCCGCCAAAUUACUGGGAACGGUUCCCAACCCUGUGGUAUUUUAUCAAGCAGAAGGCGGCCGCAUCUCAAUGUCUCAAAGAAAGUGCAUCGUUGCUGCGCAACACACUGCAAAACUACUCCACAAUCUCGACGACAAGAAGAGCCUCGUUUAUGGCUUUCCCUGGUGGCAAAUGAUAUCAUGUCUCAUUUGUGCCAGUUCAAUCCUUCUUGUUGCAAGCAUUUGCGUGAAUCUGGAUUCAGACAAAGAGGUCUUCAGAGACAUAGACUGGGCAGCGGUGGACGAAGAUGCCGAAGUUUGCCUCAAGGUCUGUCAAGCUCUCAGCUCUAACUCAAAUGCAGCAAGGCUGGCGAGCGACAUGAUGCAAAGGCUCAAGAAAACAAGGACGAUCUCCAAAGGGGGGACGAUGAAAUGUGUUGCAUUCGGGGCUGUCCCUACAGCAGAGAAUGGGACCGAUAAUAUAUCAGAUACACUACCAUCCGACGAUCUCUUCCAGGCCACAAUGCCGUCACAGCUUGACUCUAUGGGACUAAAUCAAGAGUCUUUCAACCUCAUGUUCCAGACCAUGCCCUACGAGGUCUCAGAGCCGGUAAUGUGGUCGGCACAAUUUGUGAAUGCAGCGUACAACCCCUUCCUACAGCCUUCGGAGACUUAG